GUCCUAAAACCCCUUAAAAAAAUGGAUGGUUGGUUAGGCUGAUUGACAACAAAAGACAUUAUUUUGCUAAUGAUUGUUGAUUUAAAUGAAUAUAUUUAAAUUAGUACCGUAAAUCAAAAGCCUGUAUUUAAGCUAUACACCGUGGAUAAAAAAUAUGAAGCGGCGAAAUGCCGAACCUGGAAAGAUCCGGCGCCCCAUGAAGCGCACUAAAAUUACCGAAGGAAUGUACGGAAACUCCAUGUUAUAUCUGAAGUUUGUAAUGUUGUGGGCGACAGUAGUGAUGGUAGACUACAUGCUGGAGUUUAGAUUCGAGUUCCUCUGGCCCUUCUGGAUGAUGCUGAGAUCAGUUUAUGACUCCUACAAGUACCAGGGUCUUGCAUUUUCAAUGUUCUUCAUAUGUGUAGCCUUAACUUCAGACAUGAUAUGUUUCUUCUUCAUCCCGGUGCAGUAUAUAUUUUUUGCUGCAAGUACCUAUGUGUGGGUCCAGUACGUGUGGUACACAUUCGCGGAGAAGGGCGUGUGCGUGCCGACCGUGGCCAUGUGCUGCGCCGCCGUGUACGUGGAGGGCGCGCUGCGCGGCGGGGAGCGCGGGGGCGAGCUGUGCCGGCCGCUGGCGGCGCACUGCGUGGGCUACCCCGCCGUCACGCUGGGCGUGGGGGUCAAGGCCUACGUGGGCCAGCGGCUGCGGCUGCGGCGGCAGCGCCAGGUGCGCGCGCUCAACGACUUCUACUUCCAGCUGAUGCGGGACGCGCUGCCCGAGCUCGCGCCUCACCAGAGUCAAACACAGUCUUCUACCAAAGAAGCGGAGUCGAGUACGACGGGAACGUCCCCCGGCGCGCCGGACGCCGCCGAGCCCAAACACAUGAACGGCUCCUUGCGACGUCGCAAUGGCAAACUAGAAAUCAACGGACACUGUCCACUCGAACAUGCCAAUCUACAUUUUAAGUUAGAGAGAUUAGAGAAGCACUUGGCGAACCAGACGCAGACCCGCGAACGAGACAAGUGUCCGCACGCAGGGGCGCCCGCCAGCGCGUCCGCCAGCGCGCCCGCCGGCACGCCCGCCGGCACGCCCGCCGGCACGCCCGCCGGCACGCACGCCACGCCCGCAGCCGCGCCCGCCAGUGCGCACGCGCUUAGUAACGGCUCGCCCGCCGGCCUCGUCCCGCCAACUGACGAUGAACACAAACAUGAUCAUAGUAAAGGAGCUGGAAAAACUUCUAAAUUUGAAAAAAAAGAGGUCAGUAGUACAUUAAAAGAAGAGAGAAGAAGAAACAGAAACAGAGAUAAGGAUAAGGACAACAUCGAUAGUCAUAAGGGAACAGAGCACGCUAGAGAACAUUUAUCAAAAGAUAAAGACUUAGAAAGUACAAAGGAUAAUUUCAAAGUCAGAGAAUAUAACAGUAUAAAAGAGAGGGAGAGAGAGAAGGAAAGAGAAACGAGGGAACGAGACAGAGAGAAGGAACGAGAACGCGAUCGAGAACUCGAAACGUGCCUGGAGGAGUUGCGCCGCGCCCGCUGCGAGCUGGACAGCGCGCGCGCCGCCGAGACGCACGCCCGCCGCGCGCUGCUGGCCGCCGACCGCCAGCGCCGCGCCACGCUGCAGCACAAGGUGGCGCUGGAGCGGCGCCUGGGCGACGAGAAGCGCGCGCGCGUCGCCGCCGAGGCCGAGCUGCCCGCGCUGCGCCGCGACCUGCAGCGCGCCGACGACUCGCUGGCCGCGCUGCAGCGCGAGCUGGCCCGCGCCACGGAGCAGCUGCGCGCGCUGGAGGCGGCGGGCCCGGGCGCCGCGGGGCUGCAGGCGCUGCAGGAGCGGGCGCUGCACCUGGAGCGCGCGCUGUCGGCCGAGACGCGCGUCAAGCUGGACCUGCUGUCCGCGCUGGGGGAGGCCAAGCGCAACAUGCACAUCCAGGAAGGGCUGAUAUCCCGACAAGAGAAGGAGAUAUCCGAGCUGAAGGCGCAGAUGGUGGCGGUGAUGCCGCCCGAGUUCGUGCUGGACCCCGCGGCGCCGGUGUACAUGCCGCGACAGCUCGCCUCCGAUGUGUGAGCGCCCGUGAGCACCGACGCCACUCGCCGUUCGUGCGCGCUGAAAGCUCAAAAUUCUACCGAACGUGAUUUCUGAACAUUCAUUUUAAAACAAAGUUUAAGUUUGUCUCCAUAGUCAUUAGGCCGAAGCCGACGCGGAACUCGGCCGCGCCGCGGGACGCCUGGCGACUGUGGCCCACGGACCUCAUUUGAUUUCGUUGUACCAAACUGUUGUCGCGUGCUAAAGUCACUGUUUUGUUGUAUUUGAUGAUUAUUUUUAAGAAUCGAGAAGCUCUCGUCCGGCGUCCUGCGCUCUCGAGCUGCGCGCCCGCGACCGACAUGUGGGUGCUACGUCGCUACAGAGCUUUUAUUUUCUUACAAAAAGUAAUAACUAAUAAUGAACACCUUUCAACUUUAUUUGUAUUGAUAAACUCAUUGGGCGUAGCGGCCGCGCGCGCGCCCGCACUGCGCCCGCACCGCGCCCGCACACAGCUCGGGUGCACACUUACGUCUUCAUAAUGUUGUCGACACAGAAUUGCUGAAAUGCGAAUCGGGACGGACGUAAUGCUUGAUGGCAAUCCUGUCUUCUGUGUCUAAAGCGGUUCGAAUUAACGUGUUCUUUUCAAAUUUAUGUGAUACGAAUUGUACAAAUUUAAAAUCUAAAUCGUCUAUUAGGCCGACUGUUGUGGUUUCUUUCGCGAGCGCGGGCUCGCAGUCCCGGGCCAGGUCGCGCCGGUCGUGUUGGCCGCGGAACGUGGAACUUGAUUUUAAUUAAUCGAGAAUUUAAUAAUUGUUCAAUUCGUUUUAUUGAGGAAGAUAGAUCUGAUUUUUAUAACGAAAGUGGGAAUGUUUUUUUUUUACUAGGAUUUAUUUCAAUAAACGAAAUUAAAACAACAUGCGUGUCAUGUCGGACGCGGCCUCGGCGCCGGCACCACAUCUGCAUGUAGCUAAUACUUCAGCACGACGCUUGUUCUGGUCGUGUGUCAUGUCGCUGCCAUCGGGUUUGGAUUCUCUAGCUCGAUGUGUGACAAGACAAAAGUGUUUUGCUGACAUUCUGCGGCGCAAGACACUAGAGACACUAGGUGGCGCGACAUUAUGUGAUUUUCAAGCGGGAAAAACUUUAUUUUUUAUUUCUUAUUUCGAUCAAAAGCUAAACUUUUUUUCCGAAGCCGGAUUAUGCUGCCCAUUAAUCUGUCGCCCGUCGACUAAGUAGACUGCGAGCCCAGCGCGGAGGCCGGGGCUCCUGGGUCCGGACGUACUUUCCGAACGAAGGAAACUUGACGGUCGCCAAUUAAUAUAGUUUUUAACACCUUUACAGGUAUUGACUCAUUUUGUUUUUGACUUUCAUAUUUUAAUGUCAAAAUGAAAAAUGUGUAGGAAAUUAUUAUAAUUGAAAAUGUAGAUUCUGUUUUGGAAAUGGAUUCAAGAUCCGAUAUUCGUCAAAUUUACUGUCGAUAAAACGUCAUUGUUGUCUGUUGGCACACAGAGCGGCCCUGACGUUCUCCCGGCCCUCCGCUGCUAAUAUCACGACACUCACUUCACCAGAUAAAUUUGACCCUAUUAUUCUUAAUUUUUGGAAAAAUUACAAACAUAGAAUCUCUUUUGUAGUAACUGUGUGAAAUGAAUUCACAAAUUUCCUACUAAUGUUAUAAUUCUACCAGCACCCAAUAAUUGAAUUUGACAAAUACACAUUACUAUUAUACAAAUGAUUUAAAGUUAAAAUAGCACCAGAGCACAGAGGGGCCGGGCUGGUCGGUCACGACACGGCUGUAAGUAUUCUGCAGACUGCGUCCACCGACCUGCGUCUAACAGUAGUUUAAGUUUUACUUGCAGACUGUACUACCCUCGAAGUGCAACUUCCUUUUUGUUUGUAACGUGAUUGUGAAAGGUACUUACUUAAUUUAGUUUUAGAUUUAACCGGAGAUUAACAGUGUCGUGUAACAGAAUUGUCCUACGUCAUCACAGUGUAAAGACAAAGUGAGGGACGAAAUUCUUUAUUUUUGUUAACAAAAUAGUGCUGGAGCUCAAUGUGCACGGAGCGCAAUGUGCACGCAGCACAAUGUGCACGGAGCGCAAUGUGCACGCAGCGCAAUGUGCACGGAGCGCAAUGUGCACGCAGCGCAAUGUGCACGCAGCGGUGACAACGGACAGCACCGGCAGAGUGGUCCUCCGCGCGGGACGUCCACUGUGUCGGUUUGCGAAGUGAACGGAUGCUGGUACAGCAAUAAAACAAUCAGGUUUA